AAAAUGGUCUUAACAAAAUCUUAUCUGCGUUACGUCGAAGCUGGAAUCUUUGGCGUAGUGGGAAGUGCUAGAGCUAAUGUGUGUCUUGUUCAAAGUGGCGAGAAAAGACGUGAAAUUUGCCGCGCGAUUGUUCCCGCACUAGAAAAUGUAUAUAUUUGGGACGCUAGACUUGGCGAAAAAGUGAAUGUCUUACAAGGUAACAAGAGCGAAGUUACAUGUCUCUGCCUCAGUCCUAACUCUGAACAUCUUGCUGUUGGGUAUGGCGAUGGUGUCAUCAGAAUUUGGAAUAUAAAUAAUGGUACAUCUUCAGUGACAUUUAGUACUUCUGAUUUCAAUUACUAA